UUUCAGUGCGAGUGCGCGCGCGCUCUUGAUGUGUGCCAGUGUGAGCUAGUGUGAGUGGCGCGUGCGCACACAUGUGUGUGUGUGAGAACAUGUGGCCGGACAGGAGUGAGUGUGUGCGUGAUGGGGGCUCCUCGCCUGUAACUUUUCUCCUUCGUGUGAUGAUGAUGAUGAUGAUGAUGAUGCGCCUACAGGAUGUGGGCCUGCUGUAGUGCGCGCGCGCGCUCACAUACACACAUUGAUUUGUUUUCCUCCUUAAUCUUAUAAAUUCAAGUGUACCAACUCAUCUCGAGAUUUCCGAGAUAAUAAGUCCAAACAUGCAUUUGUGUGCACGUGCUUGUGCUUUUUUUUCGCUUUUCUUUUCUCCCUCAUUAGUCAUUUGAACACGCACGCGCACAUGCAAAUCGCAGCUCUUUUCUUCUUGAUGGUGUGUUCAGGUGCUGCCAAAAAAUUCUGACAUUCCCUAAAAAAAGAAAAAAAAAGUCUCAUGUGACUUUACGGCGACGCACGGGAUUUGAAAGAGUUAAAUGUUGCUUCUCCUAUUGUGCAAACAUAAAAUAGAAAUUACUACAACUAGAGCUUGAAAUAUUAAAAUAUUAUCCGUUUGUAUUGAUAAAAAUAACACCAGACACAAACAUCUGCCUCGUUAUUAAUGAAAUGGCAAAAACAGAGUGGAUGUAUUGGCUAAUGCUAAAAAUAACCAGUUUGUUUCUGAGACAAAACAUUUCCGAUAACACCUGAAGGCAGCGCCAGUGAAACGACUGGAGACGAGAGGCAGAGGAGCAGAGAGUGGGGAGUGAAAGACAGAGGAAGCUGCACUCAAGUACAGCGCGAGGAGGCAAGAAUUAUUCACCACUACUAAUUAUUGCUGAAGUUGCUUUCAAAGUCGCCUCUGGAAAACACGGACUCUGAAUUUCUCCUGGAUCUAGACUCAACAUUUCCCCCCUCCCUCCUGCUUCUUCUCGGCUGUGAGUUUAUAGUUUUAACGGGUUCUCUGUCAGUGACAUUACCUCAAUGCCGGUGACAGCCUCAUUCACCGCAAAGACAAUGAGAGGCGCAAACGUUUUGGGAUAGCUGCUCCAGUGCAAAGGCCUCUUAAAAGUCCGCUCACACCAUGAGUCUUCACAUCAUUCAGUCUCAGUAAAAAGGAAGAAAGCAGAUGAGUGUUGCUUUGUCAGGUUGGCAGUUAAUCACCUGCUUUACUAGUUUCUUGACUACUGGAGGAUUAAAGAAAGAUUGGAUUUUAAUCAACCAAGUAAGGAACAGAGGACAUCUCUAGAUGUACAUGUGGAGAUAGCAGUCAGCUGUCGAUGAGGUUGUGAACGUCCAGGUACACAGGCGUGGCGUUCAUUUAUACCAUGAAUCCAAGAGACGGCGUGGAGGUAAUGGAGACCCAGGCAGAAUCGCAGAGGGAGAAGGUGAUCGGAGACAAGGCCAGUCCUGGAAAUGAGACGGAGGUCGAGGACGAUAGAGUUCCAGGGGCUUACAACUGCAACAUCUGUGGACGCAGCUUCCCUUUCCUGAGCUCUUUGUCGCAGCAUAUGAGACGCCACACGGGCGCACGCCCCUACAAAUGCCCGUACUGUGACCACAGAGCUUCUCAGAAGGGUAACCUCAAAGUUCACAUUCGCAGUCACAAACUGGGUACGCUGUCUAGCCACCACUCCAGCAAAGACGAAGACGGUGGAGCUGAGGAGGAGGAGAUGAGGGUCUCCGAGGGCUUGGACGGAGGGACGAGUCCAACGAAGAGCAGCUCAGCCUGUAAUAAGAUGGUCAAUGGGGAUGUUGGGGAGGAAAGUCGGAGGAAAGUGCCUGCACGAAGCCUGAAAAGAGACAAAUCUGUUACCAACCAGCGUCCUUACUGUUGCCGGUUGUGUGGCUACGAGGCCCAACGAGAAGACCAGCUCCUCAGCCACAUCGAGAAGGUCCACAUCACCGCGGACGCAGAAGAAGACAACGUCUCCGUUAAAGAAGAGGCUAUGCCUGAAUCCGAAGCUGUCCAACCCCAGAGUGACGGUACCUUCCCCUGUGAGACAUGUGGCCAGGUUUUCUCCCAAGCCUGGUUUUUGAAGUCUCACAUGAAGAAACACGCCGGAAUAUUAGACCACUGUUGUCGAAUUUGUGGGAGACGAUUCAGGGAAGCGUGGUUUCUGAAAUCUCACAUGAAAACACACAACACCAAAUCCAGGUCCCGUUCAAAAACCGAUGUGGUUGAACAUCCGGCGACCAUCAAUGAUGUAGCACAGGAUCCGGAUCUAGUUACUGGCUACGCUACAUCUGUUUAUCAGACAUGUUCUAAAUGUGGAAACCUGUUUCAUAGCAAGGAGAGCCUGAGAGCUCACGAAAAGGUCCACGGUGUUAGCUCUGGUAGAAAAUCCCCAAUGCAUUGUGGACCUCAAGAUGACGAGGAUUCACCUGCUGCUAAGAGACGUUUUCUUGACUAUUUGAACCUCCAGUCCGUUCAGGGUAAAACUCUAGAUGGUGAAGAGGACGCAGAGAAAAAACUCCUUGGUCAAAGAAUUCCAGAACUAGAUCCAGUUUGUAGCUACCAGGCCUGGCAAUUAGCCACCAAAGGAAGGGUGGUGGAACCGGUGGAGCCUAACCUUAAGGCCUCCCAUGGAGGAGGACACACAGAUGAAGAUGGCAUCGGUGGAGCUGCCGUGGUUUUCGAGAAGGAAAGCAGCAGUUACAUCCUGCAGAGUCAAGAGAAACGCAGCUCGGGCCGGCGCAGCAGCUCCGUGAUCGGGAGUCACAACUCUUCGGAGGACUGGACGGCAGAGAGCCUCAGCGACUCCGAGUACCGACCCUCGAGCCGUCAAGACAAACGGAGAGCGUCCCAGUCGCAAGCGUCCUCCAAAUGCAACGAAUGCUUCGAGUGCGGAAAGUUGUUUCGCAGUCGACACCAAAUGAUCGUCCACCAGCGUGUCCACAAAAAGGACGGGGGGAGGACUUCCAUGGGUGAUAAGGAACGAACCGCAAAGGAUGACCGGUGGGGCUCUAACAGCGAUCCUGAUUCAGGGUCCCCAAGCCGGUCCAGCACUCCAGGUUAUGGAGACUCUCCGCCUGCCUCCACCCUCGGGAACCAGGCCUCUGAGAUGGGUACCUCCAACUCCGGAGAGACUGCAGAUAAGAAACCUUACAUCUGCAGCUUGUGUGACUUUGCCAGCGUGGACUCCCAGGCGUUUCUGAAUCACAUUCACGUCCAACACCCAGCUGCUCCCAAAGACACGCCCAGUCCCGUUCCCAGCCCCGGCUGCAGCCUAGAGCCCCCCAGCAGUUAUCCCAAACUCCAAAAAGCUUUUAUUCAGGGUCUGAACAACACCACAUCACCUCACGCCCGUCCCCCGGCCCGCUCCUCCCACCUGGAUCCAGCAAUGACCCCCGUGGAUCUCUGUGUGAGGGCGGAGGGCAUCAGGGGGACCACCUCCUCAGCUCCGGACAGGAAGAGCCUCCCGUCUCACAAGUGCUCGCUGUGCUCUCACUGCACCCGCUACCCGGAGGUCCUGUGGAUGCACCAGACUGUGGCUCAUCGCAUCAGCAGCUCCAGUUCCAACCUCGCUCCCAAAUGGGCGGUGAGAAACGGCGCCAAAGGCUCCAGAGACGGCCCGCCGUCCGCCAAAAGACGGACUGGGCCCCCGCCCGUACUGGAGGGGAGGGAGUGCCAGCCUCUGCCUCCUGUGACGCGCGCUCCACGGACGCAGCCUCCACCCGGCUCCACGGAGGUCCUCAAGAAGAGUAAGACGCCAGCCGCCACGUCAUCGUCGUCUUCUUUCAGAGGCUCCCCGUCCACGUCAACCAAACACGCCGGGAGAGUCUCUGCACGCUCAGUCAGCAGCACCAAACCAGACCACAACCACCGCGUCAGACCCAAGCUGGAUGUGUAUCCUCGGGCCAGCUCACAGGCGUCCUCCAGCUCCCUGGAGAAGACCUCCGGCGGCCUCUCUCAAUCCCCCGCCACGGCGUCCAGGACGGCCGAGCGCUGCCUGAUGCCGCAGGAGGGUCUGGGCUUCAUGCUGUCCAGCAAACAUGGACUCGCUGACUACAACCGCGCUCGGCUGUCCCCGCAACUCCCCAACUCCCAAAGUCGAGUGAACGCCGUGAGGCCCGGCGCCGUCACCUACAGCACGCCGCCCAGCUACAGCUCCUCACCGGCACGCAGAGCUCCCCUUCAGAGUUCCUCCUCCUCCUCCUCUUCUUCUUCCUCAGCACCCUCAGACGCACACGGAGACGUGAAGCCGGAGCCAACAGCAGAGAAGCCGGACAUGCCGGCGGAUGUUCUGGGGUUCCUCAAAAACUACAACCCGCACGAGCUGGCCGCGCUCUACCACCGCUGGGGGGCAGCCAGUGCCUUGUUGGAUCCCACAGGUAUGAUGAGGUCUUUCAUGCGGCAGGGGCAGUAUUUCUGCCACGAGUGUGGGAAGAGUUUCAGUCAGCCCAGCCACUUGCGCACUCACAUGAGAUCUCACACAGUCAGGUUUGAUUAUAAUGGACUCCACAGAGGUACUGACGCUCACGCCAUCGCUUCUGAAGCUCCCAAACAAGGGAAAGGCCAUUCUGCUGCCAGCUCUGCCCAUACCGAGCCUCUCAGAAAGGGAACCUAAAGACGCACGUUCAGAGUGUCCACCAUAUGCCUUUCGACAACAGCCAGUACCCCGACUCCAAGAACGGGCUGCUGAGCCAGGAGGAGCAAGGAGCUCUGGCUUCCAAACAGCCAGCAACACCACAAUGACCACAGCACCAAGACCCCCCCCCCCUAACAUUGACCUGAAGAGCGCCCAAGUCAGGGAGUCCCACAGCCCUCCAAACCCUGAUACCAGUCCUGAAAAGCUUUGAAGUUGGGGCACAAGAUGAACUCUUUUUGCUCUGAGGAACUCUCUAGAAUUAACUUGUUUUGUUUCCUGUUUUUUUUUUCUUUUCUUUUGGUGAGGCUAAAACAUUAUCACCAAACUGAAAGUGCACUUUGGAAAAAGUGAAAAAAAAUGAGCAGUGAAAUGUUAAGUGUCUUUUAUAGCAGGAAAACCGAUAUUCAGUCCUUCGUUUCUUCUGGUCUUCUUACGUAUGAAGUUGAUGGAUUUGCCUUCAGCUCUGGUUAUUGAGAUUCAAGGAUAUGAAGUAGUUAAGCGAUGCCCUACAGGAAAUGUCAAGUUUAAACUGAACUCUUAUGCAGCUGCUUGUUUUAAUUUGAGGACCGUGGCACCGCAUGUCUGCUGUUGGUGCCUCUUCCACAUUAUUUACUUUUUUUUCAGCGUUGUACGAGUUUUAGCAGCUUUCAGGACGACUGCAGGGGAGAAAAGGUGUUGUAGUGAUCAGUCAGACAAAUCAGGUGUGAAAGAGGGUGUCAUCCAUAAAAAAUGCCCUCAAAUUAAAACACAAACAGGCAGGAAAAACAAGCAACUUUUUAAAUAAAACAUACAAAUCUGACAGCUCUCAAAGUACAAUGACGUUAUCACGUUUUUUUUUUUUUGUGCUGGGUUCCAACCAAAAGAUAUUUUAGUGUCGUGUCCAGAGACAAAAGAUUGAAAGAAAAGUAAGCUUGUAUUUGUAUCUUUCAUUUUAAGGGUGGUGUGGUUUGUAUUACCUGUUAAAGCCAGUCAUCAUGGGUAUGUUUACCCAGCAGUUGUCGUUUUUGACAAGCGGGUAGACCACAUUCUCACACUGUGCCUCCCCAGCUGAUUGAAAAUGCGUCAAAAUAACAGAAAAAAGUUCAUUUUUUGAUCAUUAUUUUGCAUUCCUUUUUGUCUUUAUGUUGUUGGCUUGCACAUUCAAACCCAAAAUGUGCAACAGUGGAUGAAAAUCUGUGUCAAAACUCUGUGUCCGUUUAAAAAAGCAAACAAGCUAGCUAGCUAACGUGCUAUUUUAAGCUAGCUUAAAGUACAAACCUAAAGAGAGUUUUUGCCCAGCUCUGCCUAAUUAACUUUUGACAGGAAAGAACAUUUUGUCAGAUUGUAUUAUUUGUCUGUUAGUUUUAAUGAUAAAAGAGCCAAACAAAUAAACCCAACAUGCUAGCACACCCUGGAUUAACAGCUAGCAGCAUAACUGCUUGUUUUGUUGUGUAAACUCUUGCAUUGGACAGCAAGCUGGAUUGCUAUGAUGUCAGUAUGAGAUAGUGAAUGUGAAAUUUAGCAUUCCUAGGGGUCAGAGGAAGAUAGAAGCUGGUUGGGGCAGAGGAUCAGUCCCCCGCUGAUUUUAGGGCUAAUAAUUCUAACCUUUUGAAUUGUACAAAUAUAUCAGCCUUAGCGAAGCCGUGUGUGAGUGUGCGACGUGUUGGUGCGUUCUUUUCCAAACCUCUCCACACUGACUACGUCAGUGUUUUCCAGUCUCCGUUUCUAGAUGCUUUGCACACUAUCCUACCUCUUUAUAGCGAUGGAAGCCUGUUAGUUAGAUGUUUAUGAAAUUCAAAGCAGGACUGUUUCCUUGUAGGUCUUUUUUGCUCGGAAGUGAUCCGUAAUCAGCCAUGCUUUGCCAUUUUGUCACAAACAGGAAGAGGAAAAGGCUUUGCGAAGCAGCUCAAAACUUUCCGGACUAAUCCUUGACUGAAGGUUUUUAACAGCGACCCCUAAUGGAGCAACGUAGUACUGCUUGAUGAUCAACAGUACGUGAACACACGUCAGUGCGUUGUUAAGUCAUGCAUACAAUACAGUGUGCGUAAAUAGGCCUAAUUAUACACUCAGUUGUGUAUAUGGAGGGUGUACGUAGUAAAUAUACUUGAAAUGGAUUUUUUAGCCUUUAAAGUAGUGUAGUACUAAUACCUAUGUUGUAAAGAAUUCCCUUUAAGUUUAACUCGUCAGAAUUUGUACUCCAAAGUGUGACUUAGAGAACUAUGAAGUGGGGGCGGGUGUAUAUAAACUGUAUAUCUGUGAUCUACUCUUACCAAACCCUUUAUAAACAGUGGUAGAAACCAAAUGGCAUUACUCGUGCACUUGGACUCUAGGUUAGUGCUUUAACCAUUUUCAUUUGGUCAGUUCUAGCGAAGCUUUCUUUAAGAAUGUCUCCUUUCAAUGUGCCGGCUAAUACAUUUUAAUGUCUUUUUCUGGUUUAUAUGCUUUUGUUUUGGGUUUGUUUGUGAGUAUAUUAGAAAGAAAAUAUAGAUUUAAAUGAAAAGUGAUUUGUUCAGUCAAGGCUGUGUGCACAGCUUCUUAGCUACAUUCUCCUUAUGGUAAGUCAGUUAAUGCUAGCGGUGCUUUUCUUUCUUUUUUUUUUAUUUAGAAAAAUGCAAGAGUGAUUUUUUAGUCUUUAUCUUUACUUAAAUUUAGGAUUUUUUCUUUUUACUGCCCACAGAGUGACUGGCAAAUGUUUCUCUGGCAGUUUUUUGUUUUUUUUUCUGUGACAUGCCUCUUAAACAGUAUGAUUUGGGUCCGUAUGCCUUUUGUUUUUGUUGUGAUUCAUAAUUCACUCACCUUAGAGGACAUUAUUCCAAAUAUGCUUGAUUGAUAUCCAUAUUUAUUAUAAUUUCAGAAAAGGAUAAGAGGACAGAAGCAGAGAGGAGGGUUGGUUUUUAUAUUACUGGGUGGUUUUUGUUUUAAUAUCUUCUAGUUGUCGAUCCAGCAGGCCCAUGUGAAAGCUCUACCUCGUCUGAGCCAUUUUCAGUUCUGUCAACUUUUGUACAUCAUUUCAGAAAGAUGUUAUGUCCACAAUAAAGACACCCAAAAUGA